UGUUGUGGUGUGGUUUCGUUAUUACGUUAUUUCUUGAACUGUGGCAAAUAUGGAUGAAGAACGAACGCCUUUGUUGGUUCCUGAGGCUUCAGGGAAAAAAGCAAGCAGCAACUCGAAUAAUAGUGAAAGUAGUUCUGGGGCAUCAUCAAUCAAACUCGGAUACAUCGGAAUUCCAUUUUAUGGAACAGAAUUGGGAUCCAAAGCAGCAAAAGUAGUACCAAUAGGAGAAAGGAUAACGUAUACCUGGAACAAUAUAAAUGCAUUUGCUGCUAGUAAUGACCACAUAAGAAAAAAGUAUAUAUGUUGUGGAGAAAGCAUUGCCACAGGAGGACAAAAAAAGCACAUUUUGAAAAAUGUGAUUGGUGCGGCAUACCCUGGAGAACUUCUAGCAAUUCUUGGAUCCAGUGGUGCUGGAAAAACGACACUACUGAAUGCCUUAACAUUCAGACCAACGAGAGAAGUAGUUGUAACUGGAACAAGAUGUGUGAAUGGUAUUCCAAUCAAUUCAGGAAAAUUGACCAGCUUGUCAGCUUACGUUCAACAAGAUGAUCUAUUUAUCGCUUGUAUGACAGUUAGAGAACAAUUGAUUUUUCAGGCUCUGGUUCGAAUGGACAAAUCAAUCAGUUACGAACAAAGAGUGGAGAGAGUUGAGGAAGUGUUAUCCGAGGUGAGUAAUUUAGUUAUGAAGAAGUCAUCGAAAAUCAAAAUAAGUCUGGAGACUGCAUCAAGGAGACAUACAUAG